CAUGGUGGAGCCAUUAGACCUAGGCGCAUUUUAAAUCUGGAUAAUUUGAUUUUAGAUAUCAUCGAAGAGCAUCCUGACAUAAGCACUAGAACAAUUGCAACGCAAAAAUGGAUUAUCACCAGUCACAGUUUGGCGAAUUUUAAGGCAUGAAUUGAAGACAAGAGUUAAUAAAGGUGCUAUGUCCAUUUUUUUCAAAAAAUGACUUAUUUGUAUAUUUGGUUACCUAAAGUCGUAAUACAACCCCUGAAUAACUCAAGAUUCUUAAAUUGUUAAUAAUAAGGAUUAUUUUAAUUGAUAAAGGUACUAUGUCCUAUGACUAAGUACCCUUUUUAAUUAGAUAAAGGUGCUAUGUCCAUAUUUAAGGACAUAGCACCUUUAUCCACUAGAUAGUGGGAAAGUUUUAUUUACAUGGUAGGUGCCAUGUAACAUUUUAAGGUUAUGUUUGUUGUUUAUCACAUCGUUCAACAUGGGGUCGAGAAGUAAAAGAAUGUUAGAAUUAGUAAAAAACAAGAAAAUAUGUGUUUUAAAUAAAGGUAAGUCCGAAUAGAGAAUUUUUUUGUAGAUAGAAACUGUAUUUUGUACUUCCUUAGAGGUCAAUACCAAUGCGGUGAUUUUGGAGCAGCCAAGCACUAGUGGGCUUCAAAAGAAGGUUAACUCUAAAGCAGGUAAGCAUAUUAAAACAUUUUUUACUACCUUUAUGAAUUAAUGAUCUCUUUUUAAUAACAAUUUACCCCCUCGAUGCGAUUCAAUUUUUUAUUUAAAAAAAUACAUAUAUAAUAUACAUUACUUGAGUUAUUAUUACAUACAUACCUACCCAUGUACAUAAAUUAAAUUUUUAGACUAUAUGGAUAAUUGUACUGAUGAAAGUGUUAUAUCAGGCAGCGAAUAUUCCCCUUCCAGUGAAGAAGAUUCAGAAGAGGAUUCUGAUAACUCAAAUAUUUCUUAUUCGACGAGUCUCAUAAACAAAUAUCCGGAUGUUGAUAGAGUCAAACGUAAAAUGUUUCCGGAUAACCAAAAAAUUAAAAAGGUUCCGACAAGCAGCAGGGAAACCCCGGAUAGGAUUGACGUCAUUGACGAAGUGCAGGAGGAAAUACCUCGGGAAAUACGUAUAGAAGACCAUAACCAGCAAUUCCAUGUUACUGCCGAUGGAAUAAGUAAAAGAGAAAUUGUUAAACCAGUUUUAAAAAUAACUAAAAAAAGAGUCCGGAAACCUGAUAAUUGGAAACGAAAUAAAGCGGCAAAGUUAAGACAACAAGGUAAAGAAUAUAUUUCUCAAAAGACUGGUAAAGUGAUGGAAGCAAAAACAAUUAAAAGAGAUUUUCUGUGUAAAGAAAAAUGUAGAAUAAACUGUACUGAGAAAUUUAGUAUUGCAAGCAGAGAAGAAAUUCUAAGAAAAUUUUAUAAGCUAGAUACAAAUUCCAAAAAAAUUUUAAUUUUUAAAAGUAUUAAGAUGCAGGAAGUUAUUCGUCACCGCCCUCGUAAAAAUAUAAAAGCGAAAGCUUACAGCUUUAAAUAUUUUAUUACGUGUGAUAAAGAAAAUACACUAGUGUGUAAAGAUGCUAUCUGCUCUUUAUACCGAAUUGGACGAAAAAAAGUCUUUAAAGCUCAAAAUGACUUAAAAUCUGGCCAGGUAAUGCCCUCACCACAUAAGCAAGGGCAUUACAAAAAUCCAAAAAAAAUAUCCGAUGAAGUAAUAAACUGCAUUGAAAAUCAUAUCAAGCAGUUUCCUUCAGAAGAAUCACAUUAUUCUAGGACUAAAAACCCACAUAAAAAAUACCUUUCCCCUUUACUAAAUAUUAACCGACUUCAUCAACUGUAUAUAGAGGAUUGUCAAACAAAAAAGCUCGAAACUAAAUAUUUCGUAAAGGCCUCUUUUUACAGACAUAUAUUUGAAACAAGGUUUAACUUAUCUUUUGGUGUACCAAAAAGUGAUAGCAGUUUAUGCGAUGCUGGAGAGAACUCUUUAGAGUACUCGAAUAAUUUUCAACUUGCUUUUGCGCAGCAGAAAGUUGACCGCGAAGCAGUAAAAAUGUCCAAAGAAAAAUGUUACAUAACAAUGGUUCUUCAACAAACGAUGCCUUUGCCAAAGCUAUCAACGUCAAAAUCUUUUUAUUUAAGACAAAUGUGGCUAUACAACUUUGAAGUCCACUGUUUAACCAGUUCUAGUCAUAAGUCCUAUUUUUUUACAUGGACUGAGGAUAUUGCCAAUAGGGGAAGUAAUGAAAUAGCUUGUUGCUAGUUGUUGUUUGCUACGAUUUUGUCUGCUUCUUAAAGAAGAAAAUCCCCAAAUUGAUCAUUUAAUAAUUUGGUCAGAUCAAUGUGGGGGACAAAACAAAAACUUCUCCAUUAUUAACCUUUUCAAUACCUAAUAUUAAAUAAAAUAUUUAAGAUCAUUGACCAUAAAUUUCCCGAAGUUGGUCACAGUUACCUUGACUCUGACAGAGACUUUGGAAGAAUAGAAAAGGUUCUUAGAAAACAUCAGAAUAUUUAUAUACCAGACCAAUAUCGGGAAAUUAUUAGAUCUGCGAGUACCAAACAAAGUGUAUGCCUUAACAUGGAACAUUUUUUUUAUUGCUUUGAAACUCUACCUGCAAAACUUCAUUUAAACAAAAGACUCACUAAUAGUCUUGACCAAAAAAUAAAUUUUCGAGAUAAAGUGAAGUGGCUAAGAGUAAGUUGUUUUGGAAAAUACUUUUACAAAACUAGUUUAGAUCCGUUUACCCCAUUUAUGGAAGUUGACUUACAAAAAAAAAGAGAACUGAUAGUACAAAGUAAUCAAGUUGUUUUACAAAAGUUACCUAAAUGCGGUGGUUUGACUUCUGAAAAAAUUUCAAAUCUACAAGAUCAACUUAAGUUUAUUCCAGCAGAGUAUAAAUGGUAUUAUGAUAUUGUUUUAGAAGAAUGUUUGAAAAACCCUAAGAAAAAACGUAAUUCAUGUUAAAUUUAAA